AAGGGGAAGGAGGCGGAGCUUGUCGUCCCGUGAUCUGAGCAGAGCCCGGGAAGUCUUCAGUCAGCUCGCAGCUGCUCCACAGCAGAAAGUGAGACAUGGAUGAUGACAUUGAAGCCAUUACAAUUUCCUCUCCCAUUGCAGAAGAGGUGCCUAUGGAAACAGAACUGGAGGAAAUAGUAGAAGUAAAUAGCAGUGGAGAAUGUGUUAGUACGUCUUUUCCUAAGGAAACUGUUCCAACCACUAGUAAUCAUGCCAGCCAUCUGGCCGUAGUAAGCGUUGCUUCAAAACCCAGCCCAGGACCUUCAGCUACAGCUAUGAAAACUGUUCUACAAAGUGGCAUACAUAAACUGGGGACACAAUUGUCUGGACAAGUGCUUCUUAAUAAGGCUUCUGACAUCACCUCUGGUAAUAGAUUUGUGAAGCAGGAAAAGCUGAUCGUAACAACUAUAGGGAAGUCAAGCCAUCCCAUUGUACUGAUUCCUCAAAAUCAGAUGUCGGGUACCCAGAAAGUCACUCCUCUCCAGCAUGUAGAUGGCAAGGGGGCACCACAGCAGAUCAAGUUGGUUACUAUUGGAAGCCGUUCUGAUAUGAAGCCUGUACUGGGCAUGUCCUCAUUAACGUCUGCUCAACUCAUUACUUCCACUUCCAAGUCUUCUGUUCUCCAGACACAACAAGUACAGAAUGUACAGAUUGCUAAGAAAGUUCCUGUUUCGUCUUCUGGUGCUGUUAUUACCAAACUGAUCAUUGCAAAACCGUUGAACAGCAAGCCUGGGCAGACUACCCAAGUAUCAUCUGUGUUUGCAGGCAAGGUGCUUUCUCAUGUUAAUUCUGCAACUCAGUCCAAGCAAAUUACUAUCACUGAAAGUGGAGCAGUCACUGGGACAUCCCUAGAGUCCAAUAAAAUUGCCAUAUCCCCUCUAAAGUCUCCUACUACCAAGGUCACAGUGGUAUCCGUUGCAUCCCAGCCCUCCAGCUCUCCUCAGAAGACACUUGGUGUGCCCAUAAGUAUGGCCCUUGGUCAGCAGAUUCUGAGUGUUCAGACAUCCACCUCUUCUCCUGCAAAGGCUAUUACUAAUUGUACAACCGCUCAGACUGUAAAACCAACAGUUCAGACAAUAACAGUUGGUGGUGUUAAUGCAACACCGCAGUUCAAAACAAUUAUACCGCUUUCAGCAGCUCCAAAUGUACAGCAGAUUCAAGUCCCUGGAAGCAAAUUUCAUUAUGUAAGGCUUGUUACUACAUCAACAGCAAGCAGCGCUAUGUCUGGUCAGAACCCAAGCACCAGCACUCAGCCUCUCCAGCAAGCUAAACCAAUGGUGGUAAAUGCUACGCAAGUGCGGAUGUCUGUUCCUAUAGUUUCAGCACAGACUGUCAAACAAGUGGCCCCAAAACCAAUAAAUGCACCUUCACAGAUGGUGACCACCAGUCAACCACAGCAGCGACUUCUCAUGCCUGCUACACCAUUGGCACAAAUUCAGCCCAACCUCACUAAUCUUCCUCCAGGUACUGUUCUGACACCUGCUCCAGGAACUGGAAAUGUUGGCUAUGCCGUCCUACCCGCUCAAUAUGUGACUCAGUUGCAGCAGUCUUCAUAUGUUUCUAUAGCAAGCAAUGCAGGAUUAUCUGCUACUCAGAGUUCACAGAAUCAGCCCCGUGGGCCACUAAAUGGCAUAAUUUCUUCAGAAUCAACAAGUCGCCCAAGAAAGCCAUGUAAUUGUACGAAGUCAUUGUGCCUGAAACUCUAUUGCGACUGCUUUGCGAAUGGAGAGUUUUGCAACAACUGCAACUGUACAAAUUGCUACAAUAACUUAGAACAUGAAAAUGAAAGACAAAAAGCAAUCAAGGCUUGUCUAGAUAGAAAUCCUGAAGCUUUCAAACCAAAAAUUGGUAAAGGAAAAGAAGGAGAGUCUGAUAGAAGACACAGCAAAGGAUGCAACUGUAAACGUUCUGGAUGUUUAAAAAACUACUGUGAAUGUUACGAGGCUAAAAUCAUGUGUUCCUCAAUAUGUAAGUGCAUAGGUUGCAAAAAUUUUGAAGAGAGCCCAGAACGUAAGACAUUAAUGCAUCUGGCAGAUGCAGCGGAAGUGAGAGUGCAGCAGCAAACUGCAGCCAAAACUAAGCUCUCCUCACAGAUCUCAGAUUUGCUCACAAGGCCAGCACCAUCACUGACAAGUGGUGGGGGAAAGCUGCCGUUUACAUUUGUCACGCGAGAAGUUGCUGAAGCCACGUGUGAAUGCCUUCUUGCCCAGGCUGAGCAGGGAGAGAAGCUCUCCAAAUCCCAAGCUGCCACAGAGAGGAUGAUUCUAGAAGAGUUUGGACGUUGCCUCAUGAGGGUCAUCAAUUCUGCAGGAAAAGCAAAAAACGACCCUUGUACGAUGACUUGUUAAGUGUGGCUGACUGUGAGACUAGCAUGAGUGAUCAAAAAUUAUGACUGCAUGGGAGAGAGGUCUAUAAGAUAAUGUACAAAGAAUACACUGCCACACAAUUCUGAAGUCUUCACUUACCAUCCAUAUAUGUGCCAGAAUUCUUGUGUGUUUUGUAUGUGGCAAUUUUCAAUGUGUUUCGCAACAAAAGUGAGAUUUUAUGGUAAACCAUUUGUUUUAAAUCUUGCACCCAUUUCCCACCCCUAAAUUAUUGACGACACCCAGUGGUGAAUCCUUUUUAGUGUAAUUGACAAACUCGUGUACCAAUUCUAGUUUGAACAAGUGAUUUUUUUUUUGUUUUUUUGUUUUUGUUUUUUAUUGGAAUGUGUGUACCUGGAAGCAGGUUUUGGUCUGAUGAGAUAGAAAUGUGAAGUGGAUUGCUGUGAUCUUUGUAAUCAAUGGAUAAUCUCUGUAAUACACAUCAGGUCGUAGAAUACAUUAUGAAGGUAGGUGGAAAGCGUCAGAAAUUAUGUCUGAUUAGGUAGAGAAUAGCAUGGAUGUAGAUGGCUGUACCAGGUGCUGUUUGCAUUUGAAGUGUACCAAGGUGGCACUGUACAGAGAAGUGGAUAUAACUGUCUCAUCCCAAUCUAGUGUUCUCUAAAUCUGGUGCCAGGCGCAAUAGAAUACUAUCCUGCAGAAUAUAUGGUUUUUGAAAUGUAUGCAUUGUGCCUUCUGCACUCUUAAUAUUACAUAAUGCUUGUUAUAUUUUCAUAUUUAUAUUUGGAUUAUGUAAACUAUAAUACAUUAUGGGAGCAUGAUUUAGGCUGGUGUUUUUUAGUUAGUUUUAUAGUCUUACAUGACUUAAAGUUGUAGUCCCCAAUUAUUUUCCUGUAUCAUUUGAGUAGAAAUCCAUCUAAACCCAUUUGCAUUAACCCAAGAAUACUUUUUCAUUUCCAUGAUAACAUAUCUUAGACAGUGUUUAAGGCUGAUUUGACAUAUUAUCACUAUUUUUGGUACCCCAAGUAUAAGCUUUAGAAAGCAGCUAGGUAAAGGCAUAUUGUUGUUGAUUUACUUAAAGUGGAGAGUGCAAAAUCUGGUGCUGCUUUGCAUUGUAGCCAAUGAGCUUCUA